AUGGAGGUUCAUCUGAGCAACACCACGGAUCGCGUGGUGUGGGUGUACCACUCCAAAUCCGAGCCGAUCGAUCCGCUCAAUCUAAGCGAUCAGCAGCGAAAGACCGUGCUUGAGCUCCAGCCAUCACAGACCGACAAGAUUACCGCUCAGUCGCACACACAGCUCGGAGAUGAGCACAUCACACUCCCAUUCAUGUUCUGGACAAUCGAUCCAGAGACAGGACACGCGACAAUCAGGGGUCCGAUCGCACUCGGACAUGGCGUCUGGGAACUUACGAUUGUCGAUGACCCCGAGACCGGAGCGUUCUCCAUCACGACGACCCAGGUUGGGACGGAUCCAGAGGAGGGGUCAAGCGGCGAGAAGACCACGAUGCCUUGGAUUACCAAAAACUCCGGAUCAGCAACGAUCGAGACGCGCGAUGAGCCGUAUCUCACCGCCGAGAUGACCAAGAAGCUCCGCGAGGACUACAUCCCGCGCUACGCCAAACCCAAGGGCGCCCUCUUCGCGGCUCUCCACAUGAUCCAGCACCACUACGGCUGGGUCCCCAAGCAAGCGAUGAAAGAGAUCGCUGACGUCCUCGACAUUGCGCCUUCAGAAGUCCUCGAUACCGUCACCUUCUACGAAGAAUACUGGGAACACAGCAAGGGAGAGAACCUGAUCUCCGUCUGCCGCUCCAUCGCGUGCGAGUUCUGCAGCGCGACCGCGUGCACCGAAGCGAUCAAAGACAAGCUCGGGAUCGAUGUCGGACAAAGCACCGAAGACGGCAAGUUCACACUCGUCGAGCUCGAAUGCAUCGGAUCGUGCGGCACAGCGCCCGCGGCGCUCAUCAACGAGGACCUCCACGAGAACCUCACCCCUGAGCGCACCGUCCAGCUCAUCGAGCAGGUCCAGAACGGCACCUACCAACCCGGCGGCACCGGUGCGGUCAAAGAAGUCUUUCGAGAUGUGCUUGGAGAGAUCCGUUUGAGCCGGGAGGACCGCUUUCGCGUUGUUGACGGUGGAUUCAAUCUUGAGUCGAUUGCGGACGAUGGACUGAUCGAGCAUGAGCCGUUCGAUGUCGUCUUGUGUGAUCGUCGACCAGCUCAGUCCGGCUUGUGCCCCUUCAAGCGUGAGCAUCUCGAAGAGGUGGUGCUCAUCGCGAUUGGGGACAUCCCGAUCUCCCGCGCCAUCGGCCGAUUCUUCGGGCACCUCUGGAACGCGACGACCAAGCCCGUCCAGUCGGAUUCGGAGUCCAAGAUCGUCUCUCAGCAGAGCGAGGAAGCCGACGCGGAGAUCCAAGGCCAGAAGGUCACACUCCGCCGAACCACGAUCGAAGAGAUCGAAGUCCACAAAGAUUGA